CUCAUUUUCCAGGCCAUUCCCACAGACACAGACCACGCUUUUGGCUUCUCCGGCCUAUGCCCUAUCGGUGCAAUUUACAACAGUCAGCACAGCCGUAUUCCGUUAGGGCAUGGGCUCGUUCAUUGAAAUAACGUCCGUUCCCACUGGCUUCCUUUCCUUCAUUCAACCAACACCUUCCUGGCCAUGCCACUUACUAGGCCCAGCAGUUCCGGCACGGUCAACGACAGCGACGAGAAUCAUCUGAAGCAGCAUGAGCCUCCCAAAUCGUCCUUUUUUUCUUUCCUUCGCCGCAAGAGAGCAACACCUGAAAAGGAUAUCAUUGACGAGAAAGAUACUGCAAUAGUUCCAAGAGUCUUCGACCAGGAAAUUGUCCCCAUAUCCUUCGUUGAAUUGUUUCGAUAUGCUACUAUUCCCGAGAAGUUGCUCAAUGUCCUUGGUAUCUUCGCAGCCGCAGCUUCAGGUGCAGCCCAGCCUCUAAUGACGCUUCUGUUCGGAAGGCUUGUCCAAGACUUUACGGACUUUGCAACAACGCUCUUUCAGAUCGAAGCAGGCGAUGAAGAUGCAGCAGCUCGUUUUGACUCUGUCGCUGCCUCCUUCCGGGCCGCGGCGAGUGCCAAUGCAAGCUACCUUGCCUAUAUUGGGAUUGGGAUGUUCGCCUGUACUUACGUGUACAUGAUGACUUGGGUGUACACAGCUGAAGUCAUUGCUAAACGCAUACGAGAAUACUAUUUGGAAGCCACCCUACGUCAGGACAUCGCCUAUUUUGAUAAUGUUGGAGCGGGAGAGAUUGCUACACGUAUCCAGACCGACACAGACCUUGCUCAGAAGGGACUCGGCGAGAAGGUUCCGAUCGCUGUCAGUUGCGUCGCCGCAUUUAUCUGUGGUUUCGUUCUCGCGUACGUGCGAAGUUGGAAAUUGGCCCUCGCGAUGACCUCUAUCAUCCCCGUUAUCGCCGCCGCUGGCGCCGCCAUGAACACUCGUCUAUCACGGAAUAUCUCAAAAAUACUUCGUUUGAUUGCAGAAGGAGGGUCGGUCGCCGAGGAAGUCAUAUCCUCCGUCAGGACGGUCCACGCGUUUGGUGUUCAGGGUGCUCUCGCACAAGUAUACAACAGUUACUUACUCAAGUCUCGCGCCAUUGGGAUGAACACGGCCAUGUGGAUUGGUGUAUGCAUUGCUAUCCUUCUCUUUACUGUUUAUGCUGCCUACGCGUUAGCAUUCUACUUUGGAACAACCCUUUUAAUCUCCGGGGAUUUGAAUGCAGGAACCAUCGUGAACGUAAUUUUCGCUAUCCUGAUUGGCUCCUUUUCUCUCGCCAUCUUGUCCCCGCAAUUACAAGCCAUCGAAGAGGCUUGCGGAGCUGCUGCCAAGCUCUACGCUACCAUCGACCGUGUACCUCCCAUUGACGCGUACAGCGAAGAAGGAUUAAGGCCGGAGACUGUCGUGGGACAACUCGAUCUCGAAGGCAUCCGUUUCAAUUAUCCGUCUAGGCCGACAGUUCCGGUUCUGAAAGGCAUAAAUCUACACUUCAAUGCCGGAAAAACCACGGCAUUGGUCGGAUCUUCUGGCUCUGGAAAGUCGACCCUUAUAGCUCUGGUGGAACGGUUUUAUGAUCCGUCUAGCGGGGUCAUAAAACUGGACGGACGAAACGUGAAGGACCUCAAUAUAAAGUGGCUUCGUUCUCAGAUUGGCUUAGUGUCUCAAGAGCCCACGUUAUUCGAUGCUACUAUAUGGGAAAAUGUCGCCCACGGUUUGAUUAACACGAAAUAUGAGGAUCUUUCAAAGGAAGAGAAAAUGAAGAUAAUCAAGGAGGCUUGCAUUAUGUCCAAUGCUGACUCUUUUAUCUCUAAACUUCCUGAUGGCUAUGAGACGGUUGUAGGAGAACGGGCAAUCCUUCUCUCUGGUGGUCAGAAGCAGCGUAUUGCUAUUGCUCGCGCGAUUGUCUCUGACCCUAAGAUAUUGCUCCUCGACGAAGCCACUAGUGCUCUCGAUACACAAAGCGAAGGUAUCGUUCAAGAUGCAUUGUACAAAGUUGCGGCAGGACGGACAACUAUUACUGUCGCUCACCGUUUAAGCACGAUUAAAGAUGCAGACACUAUAUACGUUAUGGGUGACGGGCUUGUUAUUGAAGAGGGAAAUCACAAUUCACUCUUGAGUAACUCGGAUAGCGCAUACUAUAAGCUGGUUCAGGCACAGAAGAUAAGGGAAGGUGAAGAGAUUGCUACUACUGAAGCCGAUGUGUCCGACAGUAAGACGGUGGACGAGAAGGAGCCAGACGAUUUUGUCCCCCUCGACAGAGUUAAGACUCACCAGUCCGUUGCCAGUCAAGCUCUCGAGCAGCAGAUGAGGGAACAACAAGAGACCCGCAAAAGAAAAUAUUCAAUAUACCAACUCUUCAUGCGGAUGCUCCUUCUUAAUAGAGAGAGCUGGGACAGAAUGAUCAUCGGUGCUGUUGCUGCAAUCAUGAGUGGAGCUAUUUACCCAAGUUAUGGCAUUGUAUUCGCCUAUGCCAUCAGCGGAUUCUCUCAGCCAGAUGACCAUGUAAAACGUCACGAUGGAGAUAGGAACGCUCUAUGGUUGUUCAUAAUAUCCUUGAUUGCAAUCAUGACCACAAUGGCCCAGAACUGGUAUUUCGUUGCGGCGGCAACAACACUUAUGGCACGGCUACGUUUCGCCAUGUUCACCUCCAUCCUGAGGCAAGACAUUAAAUUCUUUGAUGAGGCGGAACACAGUACCGGAAGUCUCGUUUCGAGCCUCAGUGACGAUCCUCAGAAAGUCAACGGGCUAGCGGGUAUGAUUCUCGCAACCCUCCUGCAAUCUAUAUCGACGCUCGUUGUUGGUUAUAUCAUCGGUUUGUCUUUCUCGUGGAAGAUCGGCCUCGUUGGCAUUGCUUGCACCCCGUUAGUUAUUAUCUCUGGGUAUAUCCGACUCCGUGUGGUAGUUGUAAAGGACAAGUACAACAAAAAGGCACACGAGGAAUCGGCUCAAUUGGCGUGUGAAGCCGCGGGCGCCAUUCGAACGGUUGCCUCCUUGACAAGGGAAAAGGAUUGUCUUCACAUGUACAGUCAGAGUUUGGAAAAGCCCCUUCAGCUAUCCAACAAGACAGCGGUCUGGAGCAACAUGAUGUAUGCAUUUGCUCAGUCUGUUUCGUUCUGGGUCAUUGCUCUAGUCUUCUGGUUUGGUUCCAGGCUCGUGUCUGAGUUGGAGAUCACCUCGACGGAGUUCUUCGUUGGUCUGAUGAGUACAACCUUCGCUGCUAUCCAGGCUGGUAACAUAUUCCAGCAUGCUCCUGAUAUGAGUGAGGCAAAAGAGGCUUCGGAGGGAAUCGUUCAGAUAUUCGACAGCAUGCCAGAAAUAGAUGCACAAUCUCCUGAAGGAGAAUCUGUCGAGCGCGAAGAAACUAAAGGUCAUAUCCGUUUUGAAGGCGUUCAUUUCAGAUACCCCACACGGCCCGGAGUCAGGGUUCUCAGGGACUUGAACCUUGAUAUCAAGCAAGGCACUUAUGUGGCUCUCGUCGGCCAGAGUGGAUGUGGUAAAUCGACGACAAUACAGCUAAUAGAACGUUUCUACGACCCCUUAGCAGGCAGAGUAACUCUGGAUGGAAAAGACAUAUCAAAUCUUAAUGUGGCGCAGUAUCGACAGCUUAUUUCGUUGGUAUCUCAAGAGCCGACACUGUAUUCUGGUACGGUCCGCUUCAACGUCCUCCUUGGAGCCAUAAAGCCACGGGAAGAGGUUACAGAAGAAGAGAUAGAAGAAGCUUGCCGCAAAGCCAACAUUUUGGACUUCAUUGACAGCCUUCCCCAGAAAUUUGAGACUGAGGUUGGCGGUAAAGGAUCUCAGCUUUCAGGAGGCCAGAAACAACGUAUCGCCAUUGCUCGUGCUCUUCUUCGAGACCCAAGAGUGCUUUUAUUGGAUGAAGCAACGUCAGCGCUUGACUCGAGCUCAGAAAAGGUCGUCCAGGCUGCGUUGGAUCAAGCCGCCAAAGGCCGGACAACAAUUGCCAUCGCUCAUCGGUUGUCGACGAUUCAGAACGCUGAUUGCAUAUAUUUCAUCAAAGAUGGAGGUGUAAGCGAGUCUGGGACCCAUGACCAACUGAUUGCACAAAAGGGAGACUACUACGAGUUUGUGCAGAUGCAAGCACUGAGCAAGAAGGAUUGAGAAGCUCCCUGUAUUAUUAUGUUACCAUCAGAGGACGGUGUGUAUUGUGUGCUCGUGGAGGUCUUGUUCUUGUAUACCGCUUGAUUAGUUUGUAUUACUUGUAUUCAUACAACGGUAGGGAAGUGAUUCCGGGAUCGUUAUCACGAUAUUCCCGAAGUUUAACCACAUGUUCGGGCGUUCUUCCCUUGAUUCCUCCACGGCACCUUGUCAGAUUCGCUCAGGUUCCUAUCCUCGAUCGAACGGUGGCCCUCGACAGGAGGUGGUCGUAGAGUCACGAGACUGGCAUCUCAGUUCGAACGAACACACCUCUUUUUGUCUUUCUUCAACUUCCAUU